CACGGAGCGUAGAAGAGUGCAAUGGGCAGGCCAAACAACGCUUGCCAGCUCUCGAGUCGUUUACUGAUUAGAUAAAAAGCAACAAAACUCUCCGAGAAGUUGCCGUGGGCAAAGAAUUAUUGUUUUCAUUGAACGUACCGUGAGAUAAUGUCGAUUCGCCUAGCCGACAACAUCGAUAAAGUCUAACAAAAAAAAAAAAAAUCGCCGAAAAAUCGCCUAUUACCAAAUAAAUAUUGCUUAAAUAUGUUAACAGAGUACUCGGGCAAUCUGUCGCAUCCCCUGGAGUUCGGCCAUGUGCUGGAAAUUGUGGCCAAGACAAUCGACGGCGCCGCCCGGUUCCAUAUCAAUCUGUGCACGGCCAAGUCGACGGUGAAUCCGGACGCGGACAUUGGAUUACGUUUCUCCUGCUAUUUUCGCAAUGAUACGAUUGUGCGCAAUGCCCGUCUGCAUGGGAUUUGGGGCGAGGAGGAGACCCAGGUGAUGGACAAUAUAACGCUGCCCAAUCCCAUUGUCAGCGGCGAGUUCUUUAUGGUGUACAUCUUGGCGUGCGAGGAUUGCUUUCACAUAUCCAUCAACAGUCGCGAAUUUUGCACAUUUCGCUAUCGCCUGCCAUUGAAUGCGAUACGCGCCGUCGAGAUAUGCGAUCAAAUCCAGGUGAUCAAACAGGUCGAUCAUCGCACCGUAUUCCCCAAUCCCUGGCCGGCCAUACAUGCCUCUGACUAUUUCAAGGCCUUUAGCAACGAUCAGCCCAUACUGUUCAGUCCCGGCCAUGUGAUUGUGAUCACGGCGCGUUGCUUUGAGAACAAACGCGGACAGUUUAUUAUCAAGUUUACCGAUUCGGAUACGAAACGCGAGGAACUGCAUUUUAGCGUGCGUUUCGAUGAGAAGUCUGUGGUGCGCAAUAGCAUGAACAAGAACUUUGAAUUCGGUAACGAGGAGCGCCACGGCGGCUUUCCCUUCGUCUUCAAUCAGCAAUUCAAACUGGCUUUGGCUUUUACGGAACGCGAAGUUCUAACCGCGGUGGAUGGCUAUAAUUUCUUCAGCUAUGCCUGGCGCACACCCAAUGCCAUGAUGAAUCUGGUUGGCUUCAAGGUGACCGCCAUCAAUGGCCUCGUGAUACAAAUAACCGGCGUGGAUCACGUGCAAACGGGCGAUCCGACGUGCGCCGGAUUCGAGAAAUAUUCGCGACAUGAUUACGAGUGCGCUUAGCUUAAGGUUUGCUUUUUGUUUACAACUAGAUGCAUUCUGUAUACUAACUAACUAUGUGC